CUUCCGGGUCACGGACCCUCCUCACGUCGAAGCAGCAUGGCAGCCAGAAACCAGCGACGCCGAAAGUCCGGCCCGGUUCGGGCUGAAGGAGAGGAUUUACAGGAGGAGUGGGGUUCAGAUGAAGAGUUGAACCAGGAGGAAGUGUUCCGACUCGGAGGAACUCAGGCGGACAUCGUCCUCAUCGCUGGCAUCAACGACUCCCGCGAACUGGUGGAUGGAGGGAUGAAGGGUGCCAUCGACGACCUGGAGGAGGGCGAGCUGGAGAGCUUCAUCACCAAACUGGGCAUCCGCGCCUACGCCGGGGAGCAAAGUAUCCCAGAUGAGCCGUCAGAAAACAUGGCUGCAGGAAAGGUUGAAGGUCAGAAUGUGUCCACAGAGGAGCAAGCAUCCAGUGGUCUAAGACAAGAGGUGAAACAGAAGAAGGACAGAGACGUUCCUGCUGUGACUGGGAAAAAGUCCAGACAGAACAUCAGUGUGUACGAGUUCCAGCCUCGGCAGGUUCUGCUCAUUAAGCCAGGCGGGAAGUGGUUCCACAUGGAAUACGCCGCGGAGGAAACAUCGGCGCCACAGGACCCGGUUCUGGUGUCCCGGUACAAGUCCCUCGCCCAGCAGCUGUUUGAGGCCGAGGUGGCGCUUUACAGGUCCAAGAAGAACCUGCAGAAAGGAGCCAACUCGGCCUGGAUGAAGUCCGUGGUCUCUGCCGGUGUGCUGGCGGACAGGAUGGCUGCCAUGACGGUUCUGAUCCAGGACGCUCCAGUACACAUGCUGGAGCAUGUGGAGACCCUUGUGUCCAUGAUGAAGAGAAAGGGUGGCCGGCGAAUGGGCCUGAUGGCUCUGGACACCCUGAGAGAGUUGCUGCUCACCAACCUGCUGCCGGAAAACAGGAAGCUCCGCCCAUUUAUCCAGCAUCCCUUUGACAACCUGGAGGAGAAGGCCAGUGGCAACCGGGACGCCCGGGACCGCCGCCUCAUCCUCUGGUACUUCGAGCACCUGCUGAAGCUCCACGUGGCUGAGUUCGUGUCGGCGUUGGACGGUAUGACUCACGACACGGUGGUGGCCACCAAGACGAAGGCGCUGGGCGUAGCCUACGAGCUGCUCAGCAGGCAACCCGAACAGGAGAGGGUGCUGCUCGCUCAGGUGGUCAACAAGCUGGGAGAUCCCGACUACAAGAUGGCCACCAAAGCGUCGCACAUGCUGGAGACACUGUUGCACCGGCACCCCAACAUGAAGACGGUGGUGUGCUGCGAAGUAGAGCGCCUCAUGUUCAGACCCAACAUCGGCACCAAGGCCCAGUACUACGCCAUCUGCUUCCUGAGCCAAGUGGUUCUGAGCCACGACGAGGCCGCGCUCGCCGCCAAGCUCAUCGCCAUCUACUUCUCCUUCUUCCGCUCCUGCGUCAAGAAAAAGGACGUGGAGUCGAAGAUGCUGAGCGCGCUGUUGUCAGGUGUGAACCGGGCCUAUCCAUACGCCGGCGCUGGGGAUGAGAAGGUCAAGGAGCAGCUGGACACCUUGUUCCGAGUGGUCCACCUGGCCAAGUUCAACACGGCGGUGCAGGCGCUCAUGUUGCUGUUCCAGGUUCUGGACUCUCAGCAAAGCGUAUCGGACCGGUUCUACGUGGCCUUGUACAGGAAGCUGCUGGAUCCGGGCCUGUCAACGUCCUCGAGCCAGAACAUGUUCCUCAACCUGCUCUUCAAGUCCAUGAAGGUGGACGUCCUGCCCAGACGGGUCAAAGCCUUCAGCAAGCGCCUGCUGCAGGUCAGCGCCCAGCAGAGCCCCGCCUUCGCCUGCGGAGCGCUCUUCCUGUUGUCAGAACUCAUCAGGGCCAAACCGGGCCUCAGGGAUCUUCUGCAGGAAGGAGGGGAACGAGAGGAUGAGGAGGAGGAGUUUAAAGACCUGAAGGAGGAAGAGGAGGAGGAGAACGAGGAGGAGGGAGGAGCCAGGAUCAAACCCGCGGCAUCAUGGGUACACCACCAGAACAUGGAAGGAGGAAGGACUUCUCAGAACUACGACCCGCUUCACAGAAACCCGCUGUUCUGCGGCGCCGACCACUCCUCCUUUUGGGAGCUGCACCAGUUCUCUCUUCACUUCCACCCAUCGGUGGCGCUGUUUGCCAGAACUAUCCUUCAGGCAGAACCGAUCCAGUACACCGGAGACCCGCUGCAGGACUUCACCCUCAUCCGGUUCCUGGACCGCUUCGUCUUCAGGAACCCCAAACAGCAGAAGGGGAAACAAAACUCCGACUCUGCUGUUCUCCGACCCAAACUCAGGUUCUUGCCCGGUUCUGUACCAGUGAACUGUGCUGACUUCCUGUCCAAAGAGGAGAGUCAGGUUCCCGUGGACCAGGUCUUCUUCCACCGCUUCUUCAAAAAGCGUCAGCAGGACAAACAGAACCAGCGUCCAGAGAGAGGGGGGGACGACGAGAGCGUGGAGGACGUGGACGACGAGGAGUUUGAGAACCUUCUGGAUUCCUUGGAGGGAGACUCGUACUUCACUGAUGUGGAAAAGGAGGACUUGGACUUUGCAGCGAAUGUGAAAAGCAAAAGAACCCAGAAGAACCCAGACUCUGAUUCGGACCUGAGCGACCUGGAUGAUGAGGAGGUGUCUCUGGGCAGCAUGGACGAGGAAGACUUUGGAGAUGUCCUGGAGGAGGAGGAAGGAGGGACUUUCAUGGAUCCCAGUGGAGAUGAAGAGGAUGAAGCUCCAGAGCUGGAGGAGAAGGAGGAGGAGGAGGAGGAUGAAGAUCUGGAUCCACCGGUCAGGAAGAGGAGGCCCAACGAUCUAAGCUUCUGUCCAGCUUCAGGUUCUGCAACAAGAACCAAGAAACCAAAACAAGAAGCUUCCAUGUUUGCUUCCGCUGAGGAGUUUGGCUCGCUGCUGGACGAGAACACGGACGCCAAGUUUGACCACAUGGGUCUGAAUGCCAUGGCAACCAAGGACAGGGCAGGCCUGAAGCAGCUGAAGUGGGAGUCUCAGAGGGACGACUGGAUCCACAACCGCGACGCCACGACGCUCCGCCGGAAAAAGAGCAGGGGGAAGCGGCACGGCCAGGGCCAAACAGGAAACAGGAAGUUCCGACACAAGAAGAAGUAACCAGUUCCGACUCAGUCCUGUCUGUCCGACCAGGCCCGCUGGUCCCGUUCUCUCAUCCCGUAGACGCCGGCCCACUCGUUGGACUGGUAGAAGGCUGGGAGGAGAACCAGAACAUCAGCUGAUUAAUACAUGAGAACAUUGUGAUCCGAGGUUCUUUCUGUAAAUGUAAGACUGUACUCCCCCCCCCCCCCACACACACACACACACGCGCGUUCCUGUUUUGCUAAAUAAAGUUACAUAAGAGCUUGUAAACACCUCUGGGCGUUAACUCUUCAUUCUGAUGGAACGACGGCCAGCGUGGGGGAGAGAGCAGCGGUGGAACGCCUGCCAGCCGACGCCGCUGCUGUUGGGCCGACCAAUCACAGACGUGUGAUGGAUAAUUAAAAAGUUGGGCUCUACUCCCGUUUGCCCUUGCGUGCCGGUCGGACAGCCGUGGAAUCGAUGGAUAACGGCGCUCCACACCUCUGCAGUAAGCUAGGCUUAAGGACGACCCUGUGGUUCACUCAGAGCCUCCAGCACCAGCAGGAGCUGCUGUGCAUGGAGGUGUUUUUCUGGACCACUAGGUCCACCCUGUAGCUGGUUAAAGUACCAACCAUCACUAAGGCCUCCUUACCUUCCAGGAUGGAGGGGAACUUCCUGUUCAUGGUGUUUCUGAAAUCUGAGGGAAGACCAACAGAAGGUUUCAGCAGCAGUUCAGACAGCUGGUCUGAAUCCAGAGCUGUGAUCCAAUACCUUGGCUCUGAUUCAUCUUAUGAAAGAGAGUGUAUGCCCCAAAGACACCCAGCAGCUCCAGAACCAUCACGCCCCGCAGGAUCUGCCUGGCCGGAGGCAUUUGGGAAGGAAGACUUUUCUUCUGACCAACAGUCCAGAUUUCACCAUCUGCAAACAAACCAGAAGAUAUUUCUCAAACAGGAAGCAGGUGAAAGUAAAUGUUCAGCAGAGGAGGACGGCUUGUUCAGUGGUGCUCAACAAUCUGCACAAGUAAACAUCUCCAGAACCCAGUAGACUGCCAGAGACAGAAUCACGGUAACGAAUGGAAAAAACAUUUACUGGUAAUUGCUUUUUGUGUCUUCCACUUCCCUGCUCUGAGCCAAUCAGGCUUCAGGAUUCCUGGCACAAUUCUUUUAAAUCAAAACCAUAAAACCUGUCUGCCACCAGGGGGCGCUGGGAGCCAUAAACAUCUGUUUGACUUCCUUAAGAUGUCUAAAGCUCCGCCUUCCUCGCCUCUGAUUGGCUAUUUGAUUUAGCAGCAAACCCUCCCACCAACAACUUUUCACUAAUCACCAUUCUACACAGUUUUCAUGUUUCUUUUAAUAAAGAUAAAAUGUGAAUUUA